AGUGAUGGCAAGUGUUGAAGAGGUCAGGAACAGCUACAACUUUGUACAGGCUGGACUAAGCACUUUGGCUGCUGCAGCGAGUGUAGCGUUAUGCCUGGCGAGGGGAAGGCUGGAUUCAGAGAUGGGCUUGGCAGAUUUGUUCGGUACAACAAGGUUGAGGGCUCAGAACAAUCACGGAGCUCUGAUUUCCCAUGUGGGCGACAAUGCUGUUGCGUUCUGGUCCCGCUUUGGAGCAAGUAUGAAGCAAAUUCAGCUGAUGGCUGCACUUGUUGGCACAUUCCGAGCAUUACUUUCAAAGGCACUGGGAGAGAUCCUACCCCUAUCGUCAGUGGAGCAGCAGCUGUUGCAUCAGAUCCACAAUGCUGCAAGAUUCCCUCCUACCAGUGUGAUGUUCAUGGAAAGGGAACGAUGCAGGAUCUGCACGCCAGAGUAAUCCGAGACACUUCAGGAGGCUUGGCUUUGAAUUCUAUGAUGCUGGAAGGGCCGAGCCAGCUCUACCAAUGGAUGCUCGAAGAAGACCAGCAGUGCACGUACUUGUUUGGGGUUGACAAGCUUGGUGCUAGUGCUCUUGCCAGAAUGGUAGCGGAGAGCUUGGCCACGUUGGAUUCCAGCCAGAAAGGAAGAACAUCAGAUUUGGUGGACUGGAGCCUGGGCAAGGUCCAACUCUCUGACAAACCCAACCUCCAAUGGUUUGGGAAUGCGGCAACUGUGGUUUUGGUAGCCAUGACAGAGUUGACCUUGAUAUUGCUCUUGUCUUUAGUGUUCGGGUUGGAUCCUUUCGUAUCAUGCCUGGGAGCUAGAAGAGGAGUCAGAUCACUUCGGCUGGGCAGCAACGGUGUCACACAGUUCGCGGACUUAUGGCUUUGGAAGGUCCAGGGCCGAGAAAUUGGCGAUGUUAACGGCCGGAAAACCUCCAUACUUGUGGUGAGGCCGAGACGAGACCUGAAGCUCUACCAUGUGGAUUGCACGGUUAAGAUCGUCGGUUUGCUCAUAGCAGCAGCCUUCUGGAUGCUCACAGUGUUUGGGAUAGUCCAUCCUUUUGGUCUGAAGAGAGAUUCUGCAUGGGGAAGUGUAGGAAUAUGGGCAGCUUAUGUAGUGCUGGUGGGGAAUGUAGUAGGAGUAGUGUCUUCAGGAUUGCCAUUGAGGUUGGAGAGCUCAUUACCAGGUCAGAGCCGUGAUCCUGGGUACGGAAUGCUGGGUUAUAGCUUAAUGCAGUGCCUGGUAGAACUUGCGGUGACUAGUUUGAGGCUUGUGCCGAGGCUGGGUGAUUCCAAGUGGUUGGUGAGGUGUUGGUAUGUAGUGUUGGAGAUUGGCAUUUGGGUUGAGUGGUGUGCAGCCAAGAGGAGCUUGCCUACUGGGCCUCAGUCAUCAGCACCUAUUGCAUGGGAGCUCACUGUGCUUCAAGCUGGAGCUCUGGCUAGAGCUGCAAUCCUUGCUGCAGUUAGUGGCAAAUGGACCAACUAAACUCAAUUAUUUCUAGAACUAAACACAAUCCAAUAAC